AUGGAGCGAUAUAACGUACAUUGGACUGUAUUUCUAAAUGUUGUCUUGCGUUUUUAUACAAUAAACAGCAAUGUGCCGGCUAUCACCGUGGUACCAGAACCACCAAUUCAUGGUCAACAGUUUACUUUAACCUGUACAACUGAAAUGACCGAAGUUACGUGGUAUAAAUUCGGACAAAUAUUGAACUUUAAUUACAGUUCUGAAGGCGAGAACAAUUGUUCUAUCGGAACCAGCGAGGUCUGGAAAGGUCUGAAAGCUACUAAAUGUGACCAUAUAUACAAUCUGACCAUCGUUCAAGUCGAUUACUAUCGAGAUAAUAGUUCUGUAUUCCAAUGUCAAGCUGGAACAGAGUCUUGUCAAUAUCAAUUACAUGUCAAUGUUUAUCCAACAUUUAUAACUGAUGUACCAAUAGAUGGGAAUAGUUUUGAUAUUACUUGUUUUAGUACAGUUGCUGUUUCAUGGUAUAGAAAAGGAAUUGAUCAAGAUUGCUAUUUUUAUAUAGCGUCAAGUUCUCCGACUAAUGGUUGUUCUGUUGACAAACAACACAAUUAUUAUGAAUUUAAUUCAUGUGAUUCAGUGAAUCAAACAUUAACAAUAAAAUCUGUAGACUUUGACAGAGAUAAUGGUAGUAUAUGGAAUUGUUCGUUUCAAGAACAUUAUGAUUCUUACACACUUAAAAUUACAACAACACCCCCAACUCUCUAUGGAUCAACAAAAACAGAUAGAACAGAUAACAUUGGAGCUAAUGUGACUUUCAGUGUAGAAUAUUUGGACGACAGGUCUCUAAACGUUUCAUGGUAUCAUGAGAAUCGGCAAUUAAUAAAUUCUAGCAGAGUAACUAUAACAGAGUCAACAGAAAUUCUGGUAAACGCGUCUGGUAUAAAAACUAUAUUAACUAUAACAUCAAUUAAUAUAACUGAUCAAGGAAAUUAUACCUGUCAAGUAUGUAACCAAUAUGGAUGUUCUCGUGAAACAUUUCAAUUGCUAUUAGCUGAAAAUGUUACACCAACAGUUUACGAAGAUCAAGGUACCAAGAGAGGAUUGGACGACACAGUAAUAAUCGGAGUGGCAGUGGGUGCUACAGUACUAGUAAUUGGUCUGGUGGUUGUCAUCUUUUUCGUUACAAUCAGAAGACGAAAUUCAGGUCAACCAUUCAGUACAAGUGACAAAGAAAGGGACACUCACAAUACAGGUACAGGCAUGCGUGAAGUCCCCUUCAAUGUUGGCUGA